AUGAGCUCGAGAAAUUCCAGGAAUGGUCCAACCGAGGUCCCUUCCAGCAAUGGUAGAGGUACUACUGCAACUGCAUACUCAGCUAAUCAAACUUCGACCCCUGCUCCUGAUACAUGGGAAUUUCAAGCUGGAACCAGGCGAGGUAUGCAGAACGAAGAUCGAGAGCUGGGGGAUAUCCAAGGUGACUGGAUCGUACAUCAUCGUACAGACUAUAGCGGCACUGAGAGAAUUAUCGAAGAGCCAGAAAGAUCUUACGACGCUAAUACUGGUACGAUUACACAUGCGGGGACAACUUACACCAGAGGCUCAAUCCUGAACGAUGAUUACGACGAACGAUUAUUGGUAUAUAAGACCUCGCUCGACGAACAGAUGAUUCCUAACGGACAGGAUUUCAUGAUUCGUGAUAUCUCCGAAUACCUUACUGGGACAUACAAUACUGGGAGAUACGAGUAUCUCAUGGCGAAAAACACCUCGAUUGGUAAAGAACGAUGGACAAAGAUGACUCCUCCAGUUUGGAACGAGAGGCCCCUCUAA